AUGGUCCAGACCAUCCGAACAGUAUCCAGCUUCGAAGCCGCGAGCGACACGAGCUCCGACGCCCACUCUCACAACUCUGCCUUUUCCAGCUCUGUCAACAGCAACGCCAGCGCCGUCAGUAUGGCAUCGAAUCACCAGGACAGGACGCCCGGCGUUAAACUAAAACACGACUGGAACGGCGGUGACUCGACCACCAUGAAGGUCCGAGAAGAGACACCGCCCAUCGUGGAUGACGACGAAACCCCCGUCAGCGUCGCGCCCGACGCUCAGGGCCCUGGAUGGGACUCGACCAUUGGCAAGGCGGGGUUGGGCAAGACGGGCCGGGUCAUCAACAAGCUCGUCAGCGACAAUGAGUCCCUCAAGCGCGACAUCCAGAUUGAGCGACUACGUGCCGAGGAGGCCAAGCAGGCGGCCAAGCUCGUAGAGGACAAGAUGGAGCGUCUCAUCAGCGACUACGAGAGCCGCCUCCUCGAGGCGAGCGUCACCAAGACCCUCCUCAGCCGCAAGGAGCGCCAGGUCGAGACCCUCCACGCCAACGUCGAGCUCGAGAAGAAACGCACCGCCGACGCACAGGAGCGGGAGCGCUCGUGGCGGGACGAGAUGGAGAAGAUGCGCGCCAGCUCGACCAAGCAGGUCGAGGACGCAAAUACCCACGCCGCCCUCAUGGAGGGCCGCUACAACGCCAUCAGCUCGCACUGGAAGGACCAGGGCGACGAGGUGAAGCGCGCGCACCUGAAACUGCGGUCCGAGAUCGCCGCGCUCGUCGAGGAGCGCCGCCGUGACGAUGAAAAGAUUGCCGCGCUGCGGGACCUGUGCGACCAGCAGGACGGCAACAUCAAGGAGCUUCGGCGGCAGAAGGAGGAGAUUGGGAAGAAGUUUGAGGAUUACAAGGCGCACCAGGAAUUCGUGCUCAAGGACAUCAAGACGGGUGCCGCCGAGAGGGACGCUGAGCAAGAGAGGUUGCUCGAGGAGACGAGGUCGACGUUGGCGAAGCUGAAGUGGGCGUUGAACGUCAAGGAGAACGUCAAGGAUCUGUUGCAAUGA